AUUUCAUAGCUCAAUGGUCUGACACUCAGAUGCCUUUUUCGAAACAACAUCUGUCGCUCAGAGUCAACCAAAAAUACUUGGCCUGAUGGUUCAUGCAGAUACUGGGGGAGCAAUGCGACCAUGUUAUUUCGGGGAAUCAUAUUUGAUUCUGAGUUCAGACAUAUGAAGUUUCUGAAGAGUAGGCCUAGUGUUAGGAAUGCCGAAGAAGUUCCAGGGCGAGAACUCCAAGGCGAUGACUGCCAAGGCCCGCAAGGCAGAGGCCAAAGCUGUGGAAGACUCCCGCAAGAAGAAGGAGCUGGAGGAUGCUUUAUGGCAGGAGAACGAUAAACAUGUCCUGAAGAAAGAACAGAGGAAGGACGACAAGGAGAAGAAGCGCCUUGACGCCCUGGAGAGAAAGAAAGAGAACCAGCGGCUCUUGGAUGAGGAGGCUGCAAAGAUUAAGGGCAAGGCCAAGGAGGCGGCUGCUGCUGUGGCGGCAUGCAAAGUGACCCGGGCCCAGAUUGAGGAGACGCUGCGUAUUGAGCAGGCGUUACAACCGCAGGAGCAACCCAAAGAGAAAGAGAAGAGUCAACUGGAGUCACCCCUGGAGGAGAAUGUGAAUCGCCUCAUCCCUGAGGAAGGUGUAGUGGACGCUAGAUCCAUAGAGGAUGCCAUUGCUGUGCUCAGCACGGCUGAAGAGCUCGACCGCCACCCCGAGCGCAGGGUGAAGGCAGCAUUCGCCGCGUACGAGGAACUGAACAUGCCCCUCCUUAAAAAAGAGAACCCCAACAUGCGGCUGUCGCAGCUCAAGCAGCAACUGAAAAAGGAGUGGAUGAAGUCGCCAGAGAACCCCCUGAACCAGCGCUUUGCCAACUACAAUGCCAAGUGAACCAACUCCAGCAGCAGCUAACACAAAACUGUUACCUAUGCAUAUUGGACCUUACAAUGGAAGAUGCCUCCAACCUAGAAUUAUUCCCCCAUUAUGAAUACGUUGCUGGAAAAGCUGCACUCAUUCCCUAGGAAGGACCUCUGAUGCAAGGAAUCACCUUGGGACUUCAGCUUGUUUCAUUUAGAGGAGAAGCAAAUUCCCCCCAUGUUCCUGAUGAUUUUUCUGUUACUGUGAAUUCCCACUUGUGAAACAUCUUAAGUGGUUUAUGGAUUUUAUUCCCAUUAUCAGUUUUUGGCACUUAAAUUGAAAACGGGGGGGGGGGGAGAGUGUGACAGAAGUUUGAGAUUAAAAGUAAUUUAUUACAGUUCACAAUACUAGCAUCUAAUUGUUUCUGAGAGUGAGACUACAGGUAUGUCGCUCUGUAUAAGAGCGUCUGCUAAAUGACUAAAAUGUGGUCUGCACUCUUGCUGUAGUAACCACCUCCUUUUAAAGGCCCAAUUGAGUUGUUUUAUACAAAUAUGACAUUUCUGGGUUACAAUUAUGUACCUUACUGUACUAGUUUUCCAUUAAAAUUGUAAAUUGUGUUUAGCAAAAUUGUCUCAGACUUUUCCUAGGUCUGAGUGGGGAGGGGGAAACUAAAAACUAGCUGUUUGGAACUCUUUGUUAUUGGUCUAAUUUACGGCCUGGUGAUGACCCAGGCAAGCUGAAAAUCCCUCCCAUGCAAACCUGCUGCUUUUAGAUGGCCUUGUGUAUAUUGUAUUUUCAACCAGCAAUUAUCAGGAAAUUACUUAUGAAAUGUUUUAUACUUUUACAGUGUUAGUUUCAUCAGCUGUUGUACAAUAUCAUAUGAAACAUACAAAAUGAGUUGUCUGCACUGGGCCUUUAACCCUUAAUGAUGAUAAUGACCCACAAAAGAAAAUAUCAUGACCAGAGCCAGCUGUGGACUUAUAAGAGCACUGCCUUGUCAUAAACUGAUAUUUUCAGCACCAUUGGAAAUGACUACCCCUUUACCUAUGAUAAAGUGUCUUGUUGCACCUGUUCCCCAUCCUAACAGGGCCUUAUUAGGUGUACCUUGGGUUGCAAAGAGUUGGAAACUUUCUGGUAAAUUUCCAUGGGAAGUUACAGUAAGCCUGGGAAUUUAGGGAAUUUAGCUUAAAUUCAUCAAAAAAAGUUAGCUUAUUACAGUGAACCUUUUUUUUGUGGGAUACACAAGGCAAUUCUAGGUCUUGUGGCAUAUUUUGGUUGAACUAUCCCCAAUUCAAUGGAAUUGCAACCCUCUGCAUGCACAGUGAAUUCUUCCAUCAAAUGUGCAGUGCACUCUUCCAUCACAUGUACAGCUGAUUCUCAAGCUCUUGCACACUGAGAUGCUAUUAAGCCCACAUUACUACACCGUCUGAGCCAAGGACUACAUGCUUUCUGUUAAGUUUUGAUUACAAUACUGGGUGGGGUGAAUAUAUUUUGACAAAUGUUUAGCUAGUAAAUAGUAGCCCACAGCGAAGUGUGUUUAAAUCAUUUCUAACUUAACAAUUUCUGAUAGUUUUUGCUACCAUGUGGGUUUAAGCUUGCUUGUGCGUGUUAACUGAGUGUUAAUUCACCUGUUUCCAUACAUUUAAUUUUAAAACAUUUAUUUUAGUUUAAGUUGUUUAAUCUAACUGCUUAACUAUUUAUCUGUACAUGGAAUUGUAUUAGGGUUUUCCAUUUUUUUUCUUCUAAUCUUUACAGGAAAAUGCCAUGGGCACUAUCUGAUGUGUGAAGACAUUUCACUGCAGCUAAUGUAAAAGGAAAAGCUGUGUACAUUUUGCAAAUACUGUGCCAAAUCAUAUGUGAAGAGUGCAACAAAGAUGCAGAAUCUGGUCAAGUGCAUAAAGUUCCCUCAACUUCUAUUCGAGGUGAAAAUGAUUCAUUGGACACCUUAUCGAUAGCAACAGCUCAUGGUCCUCCUGGAAUCAGAAGUGUUUUUGACUCAAUAGAGGAAUGUAUUCAGAUAUGCUGAUGAUUGUCUUGCUCGAGCUGUGUAUUGCAACUGGUUCACUGAUGCUCACAGGCAAUGUGUAUUUGAAGAGAUUUCUGAAUGUUCUUCACCCAGCAUACAUCCCUCCAACCAGACAUGCUUUUAUCUCAUUUGAUGGAGACCGAUUUCAAGUGAAGGUCAAGCAAAUCAGAGAUAGCAGACUAUUGCAAUCAUCUCUGAUGGGUGGUUGAAUGUUUGUGGGCAAGGGAUAAUUAACUACAUCUCUACCCUUCAACCAGUAUUCCACAAGAGCACAGACACAAGGGACAACAGACGCACCGGUUUCUACAUUGCAGAUGAGCUGAAGGCAGUCAUCAAUGACCUUGAACCACAGAAGGUAUUUGCACUGGUGACGGACAAUGCUGUGAACGUGAAGGCUGCUUGGUCUAAAGUGGAGGAGUCCUACCCUCACAUCACACCCAUUGGCUGUGCUGCUGACAGGUGUGGCAUAUCAAGAAGCUGAUUAAGCAGCAUGAUCAUUAACAGUGCAGGUAUGGCACAACACAAUUCCACAGAUGUAUCAAGUUUUGAGGGAGUGUGCAAUUGGCAUGCUAACUGUUGGAAUGUUCACCAGAGCUGUUGCAACAGAGUUGAAUAUUAAUUUCUUUACCUUAAGCCGCCAAUGUCAUUUUAGAUCAUUUGGCAGUACAACCACAGACUGUAACCACGCCAGCCCAGGACCUCCACAUCUGGCUUCUUCACCUGCAGGAUCUUCUUAGACAAGCCACCCGGACAGCCAAUGAAACUAAGGAUUAUUUCUGUCUGUAAUAUAGCCCUUUUGUCGGAAAAAAAGUAAUUCUGAUUGGCUGGGUCUUGCUCCCCAGUGGGUGGGCCUAUGCCCUCCCAGGCCCACCCAUGGCUGCGCCCCUUCCCAGUCAUGUGAAAUCCAUAGAUUAGAGCCUAAUGAAUGUAUUUCAAUUGACUGAUUUCCUUAUAUGAACUGUAACUCAGUGAAAUUGUUGUAUGUUGUUUUUAUAUUUUUAUUCAGCAUAGUUAAUGAAUUGCUAUCUAGAAGACAUCAAUGUUAUAAAUCUAAUGUUGUAUCGGCUGUUCGCGCUGUGGCGGAUGAAUCAGAAUUAGUUGGGUAACAGAUAAUUAAGAUGUUUUAGUUGCAUAAUAUGCUUAUGUGAGAAACGUCAUUAGAAUGCAUCCCUUUGGACUCUAGUGUUGGCAGUUGCACUUUUCCCUCAGUUAGGGCUCAGUCACUUGGGGCCCAGAGAGGGGAGAGGUCAGAAUGGAACAUUGUCUUCAUAUGUGAAUGUGUCUUUACCUAUUCUUAAACCAUGUGAAGAGAUGGCGUGAUUAAUGUGGAACCAAUUACUUGUCUCCACAAUGUCUAUGCGCAAGUCACUCCCCUCAGUGAGCUUGUCCAGGAGUGGGGUCAAGAGGGGGUUUACUUGAGAUGGGAGUAUCUAGAGUUGACAAUUGAUAUAUGCCAUUGGAUGAGUUGCUGUUUUUGUACUAUGAAGUACCAGGAAUGAGAUUAGAACCUCAUCUUAGGGACCAAACUGAACGAUAAUUUAUAGCGAAUGCUAUAUGGCUAUGGGAUACUCCUCAAGUAAAAGUCCUUUGUGAACAGUUCCUAGAUAUCUGUGGUUUGUCAUGUCAACGGGGGGUGGAUCUUUGCUAUAAAAAAAAGAUCUCAGUAGCCAUUGUGUUGACACUCAACGGUUCAUUAGAAAUGGCGAAUCUUUGAAAGUCAAGUGCUAAUGCAAAGCUCUUAUUAAAGAUGUAGUUUAAGUAUAA